AUGCUCGAGAAGGUUAGCAAACUACGCGCAUUUGCCAAUACCGACCCUGAGAAAGCAUGGGGGAAGGACGGCUUACAGGCGCCGCCAAGCUGGCCCUCACAUGGCGAAAUCGAGUUCCGUAACUACAGCAUGCGCUACACACCGGAUCACGACCUAGCACUGAAGGACAUCUCGUUCACGAUCAAGAGCGGCGAGCGCAUUGGCAUUGUGGGCCGCACCGGUGCAGGCAAAUCCUCGCUGACACGCGCACUGUUCCGGCUAGUUGAAGGCGAAGGCGGGUCGAUUCUGAUCGACGGCAUCGAUAUCGCGACUCUGCGUGCUGACAGUCUGCGUCCGAAUAUUACAAUCAUCCCGCAAGAUGCCACUCUCUUCGAUGAUUCUGUCAGGGCAAACCUUGACCCGCUGAAGCAGUUUUCGAUUGAGGACAUGUGGGCCGCGCUUAUCAAGGCAAAUAUGGACGGCGAUUCUUCAGCUCUUGACGACUGGGGACUAUCCUACUGGGUUGGUGGUGAGGCGCUGACUUCAGGACAGCGACAGCUUUUCAGUCUGGCCCGUGCGCUGAUGCGCAAACGCAAGAUCCUGGUUCUUGACGAGGCGACAGCAGACGUUGACCUCAAGACAGACAGGAUUAUCCACGACGUCAUCCACAAGGAGUUUGCCGGCUGUACGGUCCUGACUAUCGCGCAUCGCCUUGAAACUGUCAUGAACAGCGACCGCAUCAUCGUCAUGGAUCAUGGCAGUGUCGCCGAGUUCGACACCCCUGCAAAUCUUCUGGCCAUGGGUGGGCUGUUUGCUGAGCUGGUCAAGUCCAACAACUUUGGCGAUGUAUAUAAUUAA